AGAGGUUAUAAAUAUAAAAAAAUGUUUUCUUCACCAGAGUAUCUUAUAAAUAAAGAAAAAUGAGGAUUUACAUGGAAAUAUGCGUUCUGGCCCUUCUUACCUGCAAUGUACAAAGUACACAAUUGUGGUGGGAAACAAUGUCACUGUACCAAGUAUAUCCUAGAAGUUUCAUGGAUAGCGAUGGAGACGGGAUUGGAGAUCUUAAAGGUAUUGAACAAAGAUUAGGUCACUUGGUUGAUUCUCAUAUAGAUGCAUUUUGGUUGUCACCUAUUUAUAAGAGUCCAAUGAUUGACUAUGGUUAUGAUGCAUCUAGCUUUACUGAAAUAGAUAAAAUCUUUGGUACUAAUGAAGAUUUUGAAAAUUUAGUUAAAGCAGCUCAUAAACGGUCUCUUAAAGUUAUAAUGGAUUUUGUACCUAAUCACAGUUCCGACCAACAUGAUUGGUUUCAAAAAAGUGUUAAAGGAAUUGAACCAUAUACUGAUUAUUAUGUAUGGCAUAAAGGACACAAAAUAAACGGAACCAUAAAAGAACCGAAUAACUGGAGGAGUGUAUUUGGAGGUUCAGCUUGGACUUGGAAUGAGCAACGACAAGCAUUUUAUCUUCACCAAUUUGGAAUAACUCAGCCUGAUUUAAAUUAUAGAAAUGAAAAAUUAUCUGAUGAAAUGAAGAAUAUUUUACGUUUUUGGAUGGACAAAGGAGUCGACGGUUUUCGAAUAGACGCUACGCCAUACAUUUUUGAAGAUGAGAGAUUUUUAGAUGAACCAUUAUCAGGCAUAUCGGAUAUGAAUGACUAUGCUUAUACAAUUUCAAUAUACACUAAAGAUCAGCCUAAAAAUUAUGAACUAAUGAAAGAAUGGCGAAAAGUAGUAGAUAAUUAUUCCGAUAAAGUUGAUCACAUACCGAGAGUAAUGAUGGUUGAAGCUUAUGCUAAUAUAUCAAUGACUAUGAAAUAUUAUGAAUCAGGAAUUAAUUUUCCAUUUAAUUUUAUACUAAUGGAUAUAAAAAAUUCUUCAACUGCUCAAGAUAUUAAAAAUAUUGUUGAUCAAUGGAUGUUGAAUAUGCCUCAAGGAGCAACUUCUAACUGGGUGACUGGCAAUCAUGACAAUCCCAGAUUAGUGUCUCGAAUUGGUCUUCAUAGAGCAUUAGCAGUAACUACAAUGGCUUUAUUACUUCCUGGAAUUAGUGUUACUUACAAUGGUGAGGAAAUAGGAAUGGUUGAUACUCCUAUUAACACAACUGAUCCAUCAAGAUUCCGAGAUCCUGUUCGAUCACCUUUCCAGUGGGAUAAUUCUACUUCAGCAGGUUUCUCAAGUAAUCUACAAACAUGGCUUCCUGUAAAUGAAAAUUACAAAACUCUAAAUUUAGAGUUUGAAAAGGCUGCAGGAGAAUCCUAUUACAAUUAUUAUAAAGAUAUUGCCUCAUUAAGAAAAAUACCAUCUGUUAGAAAAGGAAAUUUAAAGAUAAAAAUAUUAAAAAAUGAUAUAUUAGCAUUUUCAAGAAAAUAUAAAGGGCAAAAGUCUGUAUAUGUCGUAAUAAACUUGAAUAAUUUUACACAAUUUGUCAACUUGAAUAAAUUUGAAAAGACUUCUUCGCAAAUAACGCUCUAUAAAGCUACUCCUGGAACGGAUUUAAUUUCUAAUUGUCUAAUAAAAUCUAAUAAAGUAAGGAUUCCACCUAACGCAACUGUGGUUUUAAUUGCAAAAGAACAUUAAAACAGUGAAUGAUCGCGUUGGGUAAUGGAAGCAUAAAUAGUUUAUCUUACUGAAGUUGUUCUUAAAAAUUUAAACUUGUAAUUACAAAAUGUUGAAAAUUUAAAAUUCUUCGCGUUAUGUAAAUUCGAAAAAUCUGUAAAAAGGUGGUAUUUUCCAAUAUUUAGAUCUUUUACAUGCCAUUUAACGUUAUAUUUAUAACGUUAAAUGGCAUAUAAAAGAUCUAAAUAUUGGUCUAAAUAUUGAUCUAAAUAUUUUAAAUAUCUAUUUAAUAUAUUGUUAAAGCAGUAAGACAUUAUUGUUUAAAUAAACCUUAUGAUAGUUAUAAACAAUUAUUAUUAACAAUGCAAUAUUCUUAAUAUUACUGACAUUUAACUCAAAAAUUUGAAACGUCGUUUUAAUUGAUACGUCUUUGUUAAAGCGCAUUUUUUAACUACUGUGUAUUGUAAUAAUAAGAAAAUUCAUAACUGUUGUACCUUUUUAAAUUAAAGUAAAUAAAAAUUCUA